UGACUGUCAGUGUUAAUUACCAAGAGGCAUGGUCUCUCUGGUAUGACCGUUGGUCUUGUUGAGAUUUAAAAUGGAGAUAUUGUUUGCAAGAUCACACAGUCAGCGUGAGUUAACGCUACUUGAUCACUUGUAAGUAUGUACCGGUUGCCAAAGCAGUGGCCACGCGAUGUUUCAUAAACAUGGCGGGUAUUGUUUCGUCGAGAGAAGCUCAUAGACCGGACUUGAUCAGCGGAGAAAGAAAGAAGCAAGUGAUCUUGCCUUACCUGUUGACCUCCUAAGCGGUAGUGGUUACUAUAGUUACCUGAAGGUGAUAAUAGUAGUUCGAUAAUAGAAUAACAUGGUGCAAGUGGCAGUGAUGUUGGACGACAGCGAAAUUUCUAAUGGUAGCCUCGAUAAGUUGGGAUCUGUUCCGACCAUGAGCUUUCACAUGCGCGGCUGUGAAGAAGAAGAUGAAGAAGAACACGAAGAAGGCCUGACCGCUCCCACUACCGCCAUGACUUGUUCCUCCCACCACAUCUCGCAGUCUCGUCACAAGCGUCGCGUCACGUCCAAACGGUACAGCAACAACAGCAACAGCAACAGCAAUCAUAACAACAACAGCCAUAGCAAUCACAAGGACUUUGAGGACGAUUCGUCGUGGUCUUCCAUGGGAUCCGAUCAAGUCAAUGGCGUGGUUCCCAUGAAGCUACACGGUGCUACUACUGCUAAGACUACUACCACUGGUGAUAUUCAUGAAGAGGACGAAGGCAUGGACAUGUUUUGGCACCGUACCAACAGUGGAUACUACGUGGAUGUCAUGAUGACUGAAGGCGAUGAUGAUGAACCACUUCCACUGGACCACACCAGUCAAUGUCAGCAAGAUCCAAACAUGGUUCCUUCCGUUCCAGGUUCUACGGCUCCUCUGCCUUUUUUAGGACAAAUCCAGCAAUGGCAGCCCAACAACCCUCAUCCUCCAAUCUUUGGAGGAACACAGCCACUCCCGUUUCUAGGAGAACUACAACAGAACCCCCUCGUUACCGGUAUGCACCCUCAUCCCCAACUGGAUCACAAUGGUCAGCCACUUCCGUAUUUAGAUGAAGUCCUCCAACGCCAACAACGUCUCCUCCGUGAAAUGCAAGGCGAUGAUACGCAUCAUCAGGCGACACCACUGCCAUUUCUACAAGAUAUUCCCAGUGGACAAAAUUUAAUUCAUUACCCCCACAUUGCCGCUCCGCAGCAAGAAUUGCCCUUUUUAAGUGAACUCCAGCGAUGGAAUUAUCAAGUGGCCGCGCAGAAAACACAUGCUACCCAGGAGCCUCCUCAUUUUGCCAUGGCGUGGACUCGCAAUCGCGUAUUUUCCGACACGUACACCAUGGGUCAGGCCAUUGGAGAAGGAGGAUUUGGGGUGGUCUACUCGUGUGUGGCCAAAUCCAGCGACAAUAACAACAACACGAUCACUACUACUGCUACUACCGCUACCGACAAAGACGAUUCCAAGAAAGAUGAUACCAACGACAAAAAUGUCGUCAAGGCCGUCAAGGUAAUUCCGGCGCAAUACUACAAUCGCGAAGAAAUUGAUAUUCUACAACAUUUGAGUGACUGUCCCUACAUUGUGACACUCCAAGAUAUCUUUUUCGGAUUUGAUCGGGUCUAUCUCGUCAUGGCUGCAAUGAAGGGCGAUUUGUUGAGUCGCUUGUCCCAAAAGAGUUGUUACCCGGAAGCGGAAGGACGUCAAGUUAUUCAUACACUGCUGUCCGCCGUCCACUUUUUACAUACCCGCGGGGUCGCGCAUCGCGAUAUCAAACCCGAAAACGUCCUGCUUCCAUCCGAUGAACACGAUACGCACAUUCAAUUGGCCGACUUUGGACUCGCCAAGCGAUUUCGAGACGAUCAGGGGAACCGCUACGACCACCCCAACAUGUUCACAUUGUGCGGGUCCGUCUGGUACGCUGCCCCCGAAGUGUUUGGACGAAACAAAGGAUCGCACGAACCCUACGACGAACGCUGUGACAAUUGGAGUGUCGGCGUCAUUGCCUACUUGUUGUUGGCGGGAUACCAGCCCUUUUGCGAAGCACGGGAUGAUUAUCAAGUUGUCCGGGAAGCUCGGAAAGGGCGAUAUCAGUUUCAUCCGCAGUACUGGGAUAAGAUUUCACCCGCCGCCAAAGACCUCAUUGCGUCUCUGCUUAAAGUCCAUCCCGUCCAGCGGUGUUCCUUGAAGGAAGCUCUGGACAGUGAUUGGUUUAAACAACCGCAACAAGAGCAAGAACAGCAAAAGCAGGAGGAGUGAGCAGCAACACUAUAGAUAGAAACAACAAUGUUUCAUAAUAAAUAAUAAAUGUUUUAGCUAAGUUCAGCAA